CAGUGCCAAAGUCUUCCAUCUCGAAAAGGCAACUUCGCUUUGGUCAGCUGCGGUCACACCCUUAUUGAGUAAAUCCAUACAUGGUUACUACUAGUCAUUAGUUCAAGUUGGACUUUCAAGUACUAUUUAGAGGCUAUUCCUGCGGACAACAUACCUAGGCACACUCGACAGGAAUGACUGGCUUCUCUGCUUUACCAUUCGAAGCUGAAGAUUCCCUCAAUGAUGAAUCCCGGUGGAUAGGAAAAGCCAGGAUUAUGGGACCCUCGUCGACACGUCUCCCCACUCUUACUGUCGGGCUUUUGGGAGUGCAGGUCCUGUGGUCGGUUGAGAUGUCAUAUGCUUCCCCCUACCUGUUGUCCCUCGGUUUGUCAAAACAACUCAUGGCAGUGGUCUUCCUUGCCGGGCCCCUCUCUGGCCUCGUCGUUCAGCCCUUGAUAGGCGUGCUAGCUGAUCAUUCAAAGUCACGCUUUGGCAGACGGCGACCUUUAAUUGUUAUUGGGGCAGCAUUAUGUUGUGCUGCGACCCUUCUAUUCGGGUACACUCGUCCAUUUGCCGCUUUGUUUACAACGCCGGGAUCGUCCUCAAAUGAUUCACUUACCAUAUGGCUCGCUGUCCUAUCAAUAUAUUGCAUAGAUUUUUCCAUUAACGCAGUGCAGGCUCUGGACCGCGCUCUUUUAGUUGACACUCUACCCCCCUCAGAUCAGCCCAGUGGUAACGCGUGGGCUGCUCGAAUGCUUGCCAUUGGCAGUGUAUUCGGGUUCUUCGUGGGAGAAAUAGAUCUUCCUCGAUGGUUGCCUUUCCUUGGCCGUGUUCAACUAGAAGUUCUAGCAGUCAUCGCGUCUCUGUUACUGCUAUUGACUCAUUCAUUAACCUCCGUUUGCGUCAAAGAGAGGAUACUUGUGGCAACCAACUCCCGCUCCAAGGGGCUGAAGAAAGAGAUUUACGACAUAUGGAAUACUUAUACAAGAUUACCCCGAGUAAUAAGACAGAUCUGUUAUAUCCAAUUUUUUGCAUGGCUAGCCUGGUUCCCUGUUCUAUUCUAUACCACCGUGUAUAUCGGCGAACUACACAAACGGGUUUCCCCUAUCCCAGAAGACGACAAUUCAGCUAUGAUAUUGGAAGCAGAAGCUACACGCCUUGGCGCGCGUGCACUGUUCUACAGUGCGCUGGUGUCCCUUGCAGCAAACAUCAUUAUGCCUUUCUUCGUUGUCCAUGCCAAAGAAGUCGCCACAUUGAGUCCCUCUCAACCGAAGAAGCUGUGGUUCGAACGUGUUCGGAUUCACUUGGCCACACUCUGGGCAUUUUCUCUGUUUAUAUUCGCAUUCUGCAUGGCUGCCACGUUCGUUGUAUCAAGUGUUGGUGGUGCUACUUCCAUCAUGUCAGUGACCGGAUUUUGUUGGGCCAUAUCACAGUGGGCCCCAUUUUCGCUACUCGCGGAGGCGAUAUUGUCUCAUUCCGCCACGGAUGAAGAGACGGCUUCAAUAUAUCUCGAGGACACGCACUCGAAUCGAAGAUCCAGGAUGGAUGAUGAUGGGCAAGAUACUGAUGAAACUCGGCAUCUCGUCGAUUCCGACCUCGAAGACCCGACGUAUUCAAGAACUUCGUCGUUGGAAGAAGUGAAUGGUGGCUAUCCGAUGAUCAUGACGAAUAACGAAGCACGAGUCAGCCAGAUAGAUAUAAAUGUCUCAUCGACUCAAAUGCCUCAUGAUGCAUUGCCUCGUCAUAGGCCAAAAAAGAAUGUCAAUGGCUUAAGCUCGCAGGCCGGUGCCAUUCUCGGCAUUCAUAACAUGUUUAUCGUCGUACCCCAAUUUCUCGUCACUGGUUUGUCGUCGAUCAUCUUCGCGAUAUUUGAUCCCCAGAAGUCUGUCCUACAUGGUCACCAUCCGGGCAAUGCUAUACCUGUCAAUGGUACGAUUGCUACGUCAGGAGAUGCCAUGCGACAAAUUUUACAUCGGGACGAUGAUCUCUCUGUAAACUCAGGUCCCAAUUCAAUUGCAAUAAUCUUUCGGUUGGGGGGCGUGGCUGCGGUCGUGGCUUUCGUCCUGUGCUGGCGCCUAGCUAGGGAAUUGAAACGCACAUGA